AUGGAGUUCGAAGUCAAAGAUAAACUAUGGAAUGGGUCCAUUAACAUCAUAAUAUCCUUAGACACUGACGAUAGUUCCAUUGAAUACUUGUUGACUGUACCGAGAAUUUCCUACCUACCUAUUUAUUAUGAGUCAAUUGCAAAGUAUUUCAAGAAUUUCCUAGAGUUCACACAACCCUUUUGGUUAGAAUAUAAUCUGAUUCCUAUUAAAUGGAAUCAACCUGUAGGAUUGCUAUAUGAUCAUUUGCACUUACCAUCAACUAUAAAUUCAGACCCAUGGAAGCUAGAUUUCAAAUUUGGUGAUUAUCCUGAUAUCAUACCGUUCAUUUAUAGAUACCCUGAUGAUACUAUCAACUAUGAAAGAUCCAUAAGUGAAAACUUCUUCAACCAAUUGAAGCAGAGUAGUUUCAUUGUAAACGGGAACUCGAAGGCGGUGAUGAAUCUAAGUAAGAACGAUUCAGAAAUGUUAUGGAAUGCCAUCAAAGAUCAUGAUCUCAAUUAUUAUACCACCAUAGAGAAGAAGCUCACAUCCACAAAAAUGCUUCGAAUACCUGUAAAAGUAUUUGCCCAAGGAAAAAUUCUACAUUAUCCUUCAGACAUUGAUCUGACGUUUGAAUCUAUCACAAAAGAUUUCCCCAACUCACAAUUUCACGUUCAUGGAAUAUCACUUAAUGAAAAUAUCAAAAUCCUUGAUCUUUGGAAAAUGUUUAAAUACCUUGAUGACUUUUUAUACAUUGUGGUGUACUGA